GACUUUAGCAGAGCUUGGCAAAACAGCUGGAUUUAUUUGAGCAGCAUUUUAAUACUCAAGCUUGAAUGUUGAUUCAUCCUCUCAUGUAACGACUUCCGAGAGUACACAGUGUUUUUUUUGGUUGCAGAGUUUACGUCUAUGACUGGACAUAAUGCUUUGAGAAAAUAUGUCAAGCUAGCUGGCCAAUGCUCUCUGUCCAUUUAGGCUGGCUGGCUAGCUGGCUAGCGUUAGCUGUCUUCUCUUGGAAAUAACGUUAUUUUAAGAGGAACUUCAAGCGAUUUGGAUUAUUUUAUUAUUUAUACAUUCAUUGAACAUUGCAUUUUUCUUUGGGACUAAAGGUUCCUGCUGUGUACCGUUAAUCCCUUUCGAUCCUCCAAAGGUGCCGUCAGGUUAGCAAUCGUAGAUCAACGCUACUUUGACGUUUUGUGGAACUAACGUUAUAACGUUAACGUUAACUUUUUAAACCGGUGUCUCAUCGGAGACCGUCGUAUAGCGAUCAAAUUGAAUGUCAUGGUUUCCAGGAACCAUGUCUUGUAAAUCCAAAGUUGCUCCGAGUGUUGACUUCGAUCACAGUUGCUCGGACAGUGUCGAAUACCUGACACUAAACUUUGGUCCUUUUGAAACUGUCCAUCGUUGGAGACGACUUCCACCCUGCGACGAAUUUGUCGGGGCAAGACGCAGUAAGCAUACAGUGGUGGCAUACAGGGACGCUAUCUACGUAUUUGGAGGAGAUAAUGGAAAAAACAUGCUGAAUGACCUGUUACGUUUCGACGUGAAAGACUGCUCAUGGUGCAGGGCUUUUACCACUGGCACCCCACCUGCACCAAGAUAUCACCAUUCUGCUGUGGUUUAUGGAAGCAGUAUGUUUGUUUUUGGUGGCUACACUGGCGACAUUUAUUCCAACUCCAACCUGAAAAACAAAAAUGACCUCUUUGAGUACAAAUUUGCCACUGGGCAGUGGACAGAAUGGAAGGUGGAAGGCAGAUUGGUCGCGAGGUCAGCGCAUGGUGCUACAGUGUAUAAUGACAAACUCUGGAUUUUUGCUGGAUAUGAUGGCAACGCCAGAUUGAAUGAUAUGUGGACUAUUGGUCUGCAAGACCGAGAUCAGGCUUGCUGGGUAGAGAUUGAACAGAGUGGAGAGAUCCCCCCCUCCUGCUGUAACUUCCCCGUGGCUGUGUGCCAAGACAAGAUGUUUGUCUUCUCAGGACAGAGUGGAGCCAAGAUCACCAACAACCUCUUCCAGUUUGAGUUCAAUGGUCACAUAUGGACUCGCAUUCCUACUGAGCACUUGCUCCGGGGCUCCCCUCCUCCCCCGCAGAGGCGCUACGGCCACACCAUGGUGGCCUUCGACCGCCACUUGUACGUGUUUGGAGGGGCGGCGGACAACACCCUGCCCAACGAGCUGCACUGCUACGACGUGGACUCGCAGACAUGGGAGGUCAUCCAGCCCAGCACUGAUAGCGAGAUGCCGAGUGGCAGGCUCUUCCAUGCAGCAGCUGUUAUCCACGAUGCCAUGUACAUUUUUGGAGGGACAGUAGACAACAAUGUGCGCAGCGGAGAGAUGUACAGAUUCCAGUUCUCGUGCUACCCCAAAUGCACCCUCCAUGAAGACUACGGCAAACUGUGGGAGAAUCGUCAGUUUUGUGAUGUGGAGUUCAUCUUGGGAGAGAGAGAGGAGAAAGUUUGGGGUCACAUUGCCAUAGUGACAGCACGGUGCCAGUGGCUGAAGAAGAAAAUCCUUCAAGCAAGGGAUCGUCAGAAACAGAAAUGCAAGCAGGAGGUUGCUGAGGAAGGAGAAGAGGCGGCGGCAGCAGCAGCAGCAGCAGCAGGUGGUGGUGGUGGUGUCCAGAAGGCCAGUCCAGCCAGCAGCACCUCCAGCAGCAGCAGCACCAUUACCAGCUGCACCACCCGCGCCUCUGGGUCUCCACCGCUGCUGGAGGUCUGCAUCCGCGAGGCCGAGGCCCAGCCGUUUGAGGUGCUCAUGCAGUUCCUGUACACGGACAAGAUCCAGUAUCCACGCAGAGGUCAUGUGCAGGACGUGCUAUUGAUAAUGGACGUGUACAAACUGGCCCUGAGCUUUAAGCUUUCCCGGCUGGAGCAGCUGUGUGUGCAGUACAUCGAGGCCUCGGUGGAUCUGCAGAACGUCCUGAGCGUGUGCGAGAACGCUAACAAGCUGCAGCUGGACCAGCUCAAGGAGCACUGCCUUAAUUUUGUGGUGAAGGAGUCACACUUUAACCAGGUCAUCAUGACCAAAGAGUUUGAACAUUUGUCCACUCCGCUCAUAGUGGAAAUUGUGCGCAGGAAACAGCAGCCACCUCCCAGAAUCUACUCAGACCAGCCUGUGGAUAUAGGUAAUGAAGGCCCACUGGUGGUCCAUAAAGGCACAUCCCUCGUGCAGGACAUGAAAGCCUAUCUGGAAGGAGCUGGACGAGACUUCUGUGACAUCAUCCUGCUCUUGGACGGGCAUCCGCGUCCAGCACACAAAGCCAUUCUUGCGGCUCGCUCCAGUGAUGGAUUGAAUGGAUUUUUCGACAGCUACUUUGAGGCCAUGUUCCGCUCCUUCAUGCCUGAGGAUGGCCAAGUGAACAUCUCUAUCGGGGAGAUGGUUCCCAGCAAGCAGGCCUUUGAGUCCAUGCUGCGUUACAUCUACUACGGAGACGUCAACAUGCCACCCGAAGACUCGCUCUACCUGUUUGCAGCACCAUAUUACUAUGGGUUCUCCAACAACAGACUGCAGGCCUACUGCAAGCAGAACCUGGAAAUGAACGUCACGGUGGAGAACGUGCUACAGAUCCUGGAGGCUGCCGAUAAGACUCAGGCGCUGGACAUGAAGAAGCACUGCCUGCACAUCAUUGUCCAUCAGUUCAUCAAGGUGUCUAAGCUGCCCAACCUGCGCUCUCUGAGUCAGGUCCUGCUGCUGGACAUCAUCGACUCGCUGGCCUCCCACAUAUCGGACAAACAGUGUGCCGAGAUGAGCUCCGACAUUUAGACACGGAUCCCGCUCCUUCCUCGCUACUCCAUCCCAUUAGCCAACUUUUUUUUUUUUUUUUAACGCUACAAUGUUCUUAAGAGCCCUUUGUUUCCUCCUCCUCUUUGGCAUGUGUGUUUUCGUUUCUGCUCCUCAAGCGCCACCUGCUGGCUCGUGUCAUAACAGGCUGCCUGUCGGCUGGUGCUCUUGACAGAGAUAUGUGAGCCUGGUGAGAACCAAAAGCGCGUGGAGGCGGUGGAGGCUGUGGGAGAGCGGAGCAGCCACCGUCCCACUCACUGGGCAGCACUGAGGACGGGUAGACCAGGCAGAGCUGACGCCCCCCGGUGGUAAAACUCUGUAAAGAGACAUUUCCGACAUUUCCUUGUAUUUGUUCACUUUCAGGCUUUUCAAGUGUUAUCUACCAUAACUGUAAUUAAAGGCUAGAACGGGAUUCUGUGAAAUCGCAGGUGGUUGUUGUAAAGAAAGCUUCAGGACCUGUGGUGUAGUACUAAGGACAUCACGUAAAGAGUGCUUCUCAAUACGUCCAUGCUUACUACAGUAUGCAUUGUAUUUCAGUGUUCCUUGUGCAUUUUUAUUUGUCAAUAACGUUAAGUAUGGUGAAGAAAGACUGGGAAAGAAAAGGCAUUUGGAUGCAUACAAUACUCAGUGAUAUGCUCAGAGAGCACUUAGUGCCUUUAGCGUCACUCCACCGUUAAGAGGCUGUUUUACUUUCCAAAAGCAAAAAUGAUGUACUGUAUUUGUUAUGGAAAAGUCAUGGUUCAUAUGCUUUAUUUUCAGAAAAGCUGAAUAUUACCUAGUAGCUAUGCCAUAUAGUGUAUUUAUUUGAAUCCAUGUACAAGUCUCUGAAUCCAUGUACAAGUCUCUCAUUGAUAUAAACUUUUAUGUUUUGGUGUCAUGCUACAGUACAAUUUUACACUUUGUCUUGCUCUGUAAUGUCAGAUAUCUAAAGGCAAAAGUAUCCUGAAGUUGGAUUUUUUUUAACAUGUAAAUUUAACCUGUGAAUACACAGUAAAUGUAAAUAUAAUCACUUGUGUGUUGACGGCUUAUAAACCAAUGUACAGCUUUGCUACCGUUUAUUUGUUUUGUAGUAAAAUCGGCUCCAUUAUUGUUCAUGUUACAGAACUGUGUACAGUAUAUGAUAUAUGCGUGCUCAAUGCCUUAAUAAACCAUUACUGUCACCGUCA